AGAGAAUAAAGUAGACAAAAUUCGAUUAGUUAUAGUUACAAAAGCUGUUUCUCUCAGACGAAACAUUGGUUACUUAAUUUGUCUUCAUAAACAAGGUAAUGAAUUUGGAGCGUCGAUGAUUACAAGUUUAUCUCAUAUCUCUUUUGGGACAUUGAGGCGCUUUGGCUCUUCUGCUUUACCUUCUGCACUGAAACACGAACUUGUUGAAGGAUUGCGUACGUUAGUAAGGUCUGGUGAUCUCCGUCGAGCUCUUUCCUUGUUCUAUUGUGCGCCUGUCGAGCUUCAGUCUCAGCACGCUUACGCGGCUCUGUUCCAAGCAUGUGCAGAUCAACGCAAUCUCCGCGAUGGAAUCAACUUGCACCACCACAUGUUCUCACAUCCUCAUUCUUAUUGUCAGGACCUUUUCCUGGCUAACCAUCUCAUUUCUAUGUAUGUCAAAUGCGGGAAUAUCUUAUAUGCACGGCAGGUGUUUGAUAAAAUGCCUGAGAGGAAUGUUGUUUCGUGGACUGCAUUGAUCACAGGCUAUGCACAGGCAGGGAAUGAGCAAGAGAGUUUCUGUCUUUUCUCAGCUAUGUUAGCCCAUUGUUGCCCUAACGAGUUUGCGUUGUCAAGCGUGUUAACUUCGUGUCGAUAUGAGCCUGGAAAGCAGGUACAUGGACUUGCUUUGAAACUUGGUUUACAUUGUUCGAUUUAUGUGGAGAAUGCGCUUAUCUCUAUGUACGGUAGGUGUCAUGAUGGUGCCGCCGCAUAUGAAGCUUGGACUGUGUUUGAGGCCAUGGAGUUUAAGAAUUUGGUUACUUGGAACUCAAUGAUUGCAGCUUUUCAGUGUUGCAAUCUUGGGAAAAAGGCCAUUGGCGUUUUUAUGCGGAUGCACAGUGAUGGAGUUGGAUUUGAUCGUGCCACUGUGCUUAAUAUAUGUUCUUCCUUGUACAAAAGCUCUGACUUAGUUCCUGAUCAGGUUUCCAAGUGUUGUCUUCAGCUGCAUUCUCUGACUGUUAAAUCCGGGUUGGUAACUCAGACUGAAGUGGCUACUGCAUUGGUUAAAGUUUAUUCAGAAAUGUUAGGAGACUUUACUGACUGCUACAAGCUUUUUAUAGAAAUGAGUCACUGCAGGGACAUUGUUGCUUGGACUGGGAUUAUAACAGCGUUUGCAGUGUAUGAUCCAGAGAGAUCUAUUCUUCUCUUUGGUCAGUUACGUUACGAGAAGCUAAGCCCUGACUGGUAUACUUUCUCAAGUGUACUAAAAGCUUGUGCAGGACUUGUCACUGCCCGCCAUGCUUUGUCUAUACACGCUCAAGUGAUCAAGGGUGGUUUUGCGACUGACACAGUGGUGAACAACUCGUUAAUCCAUGCGUAUGCCAAGUGUGGCUCUCUUGACUUGUGUAAGCGUGUAUUUGACGAUAUGGAUUCGCGGGAUGUGGUGUCGUGGAACUCAAUGCUCAAGGCUUACUCAUUGCAUGGCCAAGUAGACUCAAUUCUACCAGUCUUUCAGAAAAUGGACAUUAAGCCUGAUUCAGCGACUUUCAUAGCUCUUCUCUCGGCUUGCAGCCACGCUGGACGAGUAGAAGAAGGAUUGAGAAUAUUCAGAUCCAUGUUUGAGAAACCUGAAACUCUUCCUCAGCUAAAUCACUACGCUUGUGUGAUCGAUAUGCUAGGCAGAGCUGAGCGUUUUGCUGAGGCAGAAGAGGUUAUCAAGCAGAUGCCAAUGGAGCCAGAUGCUGUAGUUUGGAGUACAUUACUGGGAUCAUGCAGGAAACAUGGUAACACUCAGUUGGGUAAGUUAGCGGCAGAGAAUCUAAAAGAGCUAGAACCCACAAACUCAUUGAGUUACAUCCAGAUGUCAAACAUAUACAAUGCAGAUAGUAGCUUUAACGAAGGCAAUAUAAGCAUAAAGGAGAUGGAAACAUGGAGAGUAAGAAAAGAACCAGGCUUGAGCUGGACAGAGAUAGGAAACAAGGUUCACGAAUUCGCAUCAGGAGGAAGACGCCGUCCCGACAGGGAAGCCAUAUGCAGAGAAUUGGAGAGACUGAUUAGUCGGUUAAAGGAGAUGGGUUAUGUUCCAGAAAUGAGGUCAGCUUUACAACAUAUUGAGGAGGACGAACAGAAGGAAGAACAUCUAUCGCAUCACAGCGAGAAACUGGCGUUAGCAUUUGCGGUGAUGGAAGGAAGAAAAUUAGGUGAUUGUGGUGUGAAUUUGAUACAAAUAAUGAAGAACAUAAGGAUAUGUAUUGAUUGCCAUAACUUCAUGAAGUUGGCUUCUAAGAUUUUGGGAAAAGAGAUUCUUAUGAGAGACUCCAAUCGGUUUCACCAUUUCAAAGACUCUUCUUGCUCCUGUAAUGACUACUGGUAAUCGCCGAGGAGCUAUAUUUCUUACUCUGAUUCUAUGUUACUUUCAUCUCAAGACAAGGACAAGGACUGAUUUGGCAAAUAAAUAAAAAUAUAAGAAAAGGUGUUAG